UUCCCCUCAGCUGAACAAGACUCUGGAGAGCAUCAGCGGCAACACGACUUGUUUACAUCUCCAAGUGCUGCAGCAGACAGGAAAUUAAUCUUGAUGGAAGUGAUGUUGAUGGUGAGAUGAAAAUGACAUCAUAAUCUGGAGCUGGAAAAGAAGUCAUCAGUAAGGGACUGGAAGUGAAGUCAUCAACUGGAACUGAAAGUGACAUCUUUGGAAAGAGACCCAGAAGUGCAGUCAUCAGAGGGAUUCAGAAAGGACUUUACCAGGUGGGCUUUACAUAAGGAGAUGCAUACCCCUGAAAGGUUUGAGCUAUCACCAGAAUUCCAGUUAUUUCUUAAAGGUCAGCCACUAGCACUUGGGGUAGUGCAGAUCAUGAUCGGAAUAAAUCACAUUGUAUUUGGUGCAGUUUUGGGAAAUCUACAUUCAUAUGCAGUUUAUUGUAAAGUUCCACAUUGGGCAAGUUCAGUGAGUAUGUGUUCUGGAUACCAAUGCCUUGCUGCUAUCAAGAAUCCUACUUCUAAACUGAUCAAAAUCGCCUUAUUUUUCAACAUCAUUGCUGUUAUAUUAAGUGCAGCUGCAAUAGCUUUGUAUUUAAUUGAUUUAAUGACUCCGUAUCCUUACCAAUGCAGCAGUUUUCCCAUUAAUAAUUCCACAAACACCAGCAACUGCCUAAUAAUCAGAAGCAUGGCAAUGAUUGGACAAUAUGGAAUUGCAGGUGCUCUCUUAACAUUUUCAUGUCUGGAGUUCUGUGUGGCUACUGUUAUAUCUUACUGUGGAAUAAAAGCUGUUUCAUACAAGGUUGAAACGACUGGAGUUACUAUCCACUAGAUUUUUAAAAAGCAAAAGAUAAUGAGAAGGUUCCUGUAAAAGGACAUUGUUUUACUUCAGUUUCUCAAAGUCACAUCCUUGGCAUGAUAUCAUAUUUUCCUACAUUCUGUAUACCACAUAUUUUGGCUUUAUUCCUUUACAGGCUUUCUCAUUCUUGCCUGACUAAUGACUAACUGUAAAGACAUUUUUAAUGUUUACUACCACUCUAAAAAUCAUUUUAAAUAUACAGUUGUACACAGUGAGACAAUAUUAAUGAAUGGGUUUGCCAGACAAGAAAAAUUAAUGAUUCUCUACAUGCAAAAAGGUGUAUGUUUACAUAUACUAUAUAUGGUCAAAUGUAAUGUUUAUGGAGUAAUCUUUAAAUACUUUUUAUGUUUUCCACACAUAUAUUGAAUAUCAUCAUAUAUAUAAUGUUUAAUUUGUUCAUUGAGCAUGUGAAGCAGCCUCAACAAGCAGUAAAAGGAGCAGAAUUUUUAAAAAUCUAAAUAUUCUGCUUAAAAAUAAAAUGAUCAGUUUGAAAAAUCUGAAGCUUCUGUAUCACUUUUACUUCAAACCAAAUGUAUCUCCUUUUUUCAGUGCUGAUACUCUCCUGAAAUGUUUUAAUUCACAUUACUUUUUAUAAAAGUGGGUUCACAUUUGUUUCAAAGAUAGCCCUCCUAUGAAUCUACAUUACACGAUGCAGAUGUGCCUCUAUGGAGAAUGCAAUGAUGGCAUAUUUAAUGAUAAAUACACACUGGCAUGUAAAAUAAACACUCAUCAAUACUUGUCAUCACAUUUUGAAUAGGUCUUCUUGUUGUGUGCUAACAGUUAUUACAAGACUUCCUGGAAACAGAGCCAUAACAUAAAUUAAAUAAAAGUAAAGGCCUACUUGGAAAAGUGAAAAAAAUGCUUUUAAUGUGUGACACUAAAUGGCAUGUAAUAACCCUCUUGUACCAAAUCUCAUACUUAUGAAAAAUUGUGGGAUUUUUUUCAUUUUUAUAAAAAAUUUGUUAAAUAUUUUAUGUUAUGUAAUAAAACCUUAUACUUUGGGGUAACUCUAAAACUACCCUGAACUUAACCCUUUUUGGAACGGAAGCAUAUUAUUUUAGUAGAAAAUGGUAACUAAAAAUAAUUGACAAAUAGUCAGUCCAAUACUGUAAACUCUGCCUGAAUACUGCAGUAUUAUAUUGAACAGGUGUAACAUUUUAGCAGCAUCUUGGCACUGUAGUAUUGCAGAUACAUUUGAUUUGUCUUGUGUUUCUAAAUAAAGA